AUGCAUCUCAUUCAGGUUUCAUUGCUGUUCAUCCUACCAGGGGUGAUCUGCGGACCUUUAUCGGCAAGCAAUUCAGUCGAAAAUGUUGUUACGCUGAGUUACCAAGGGAACAACCACGCAAGGCCAAUUGCAAAGGACAUCGCCGCACUCUCUAUUGAAUUUUGCUACAUCACAGAUUAUCUUGGUGAUAUCGACUACCCCAACUCUCUCUCGCGCGUCCUCCUCCAAAACAUUGAAGACAUAGCUGGUGCUCCCCCAGUCAUCCGCAUCGGUGGACACACUCAAGAUGCUGCCUCGUUCUGCGCCACCUGCCCACAAACCUUGAAUAACACCUUUGCACCGGGCAAUGAUGAAGCUAUCGCCGUCAAUUUCAAUAAAGGCCUCUUCACUGUCUUGAACGACAAUGUCCCGUCGCGCCAGGAAUUCAUCUUCGGUCUUAACUUCGCCAGCAACGACGUCGCUAUUCCCCUAGCUGAAGUCGAAGCUGCGGAAAAAUAUCUGCGUCCAUGCCGCCUGCGCGCAUACGAGCUGGGAAAUGAGCCUGACUUUUAUGGCCCAUCGCAGCGCCCAAGGCCAUGGGCGGUGGAUCAAUACGUCGCAGAACAAGAACAAUGGCUUGACCAGCUAGGGUCGAAAACAGGGAAGGGUUUUUCGAUUGGCGCGCUGGCGCAGCUACCGGUCUGGCAAGGGAACUUCUCGCUAGCGGAGAUAGUGGCCCUCGGUCUGCCAAUGAAGAUAGAUUAUACAGUGUCGCUUUCGGAUCACACGUAUCCGUAUUCUCGCUGUGACCCCGUACGAGAAUCCCAGGUAUCGCUUUCUGGUCUCAUGAAUCACACUGCCUUGGUAGAGUUCUUCUCUCAGUGGACCCCCGAAAUCAAAGCGGCAAAUGAUGCUGGCAUCCCGUUUCUGAUGGGUGAGACAGGAAGUGUGUCUUGCCACGGCGUACAAGGCGUAAGCAAUACACUUGGGGCCGCACUGUGGGAGCUGGACUAUAUGCUUCACGGUGCAACUAUGGGGAUGAGUGGUAUAUAUUUCCACAUGGGGACACCGUUCUACUACAGCAUGUGGCAGCCUGUCCCCCAUAAUGGAACGCCCGCCACAGUCUACCCUACGUACUACAGCUUGCUUUUCAUGGCCACGGCUCUCAGGCUUAACAACCCACACAUCGCCUCUAUUCCAGUGGCAGACACUAGCCUUGCCAUUUAUGCACUCUACAAUGGAUUGCCAUCAGACGCCGCGAGGCCUGAGCGAAUCAUCAUUCUCAAUAUGGGUGUCUUUGAAUCAAACCCAGGCGGGCCAAUUGCUUCGGUGACGUCAAUUGAUGUGUCGCAGCUUCUUGGGGAGCGGAUUAAAAUAACCCGGCUGUCAGGACCAGGAAGCGACGCUACCUCUGGGGCUACCUUUGCCGGGCAGGACUAUGAUUCGGGCAGGCCUAGUGGAAAGAAGGUCGUUGAGAAGGCUAAAGGGGUCGUUGCGGUGAGGGGUAGCGAGGCCGUCAUUGUUGAGAAGUAUUAA